AUGAAAGUUUGGACUUUUUUUCCGUGUCUGGCCAUCUUAUUCAUCUUGUGCGUGGGAUCAGACUGCGGGACGGUCCUGAGGAAGACCCGAUCCAAACGCGAGCUGGUGAAAAUCAGAGAAUCCAAAGCCGUCUUCCCGGGGGCUUGUGCCACCCGACUGCCCCGGGGCAAGCGCUCCCUGCCCGCGCUGGACCGCCGGCUCCCCCGCCAGCGCCGCCGUUCCUCUCCAGCGGAGGAUGCAAACUCCACCCAGGGUAAAGCCGUGUAUUUCACUGGCAGAAGGGAUCAGCUGAGACUCAAGCCCGGUGUAGAGAUACCGAAAGGCAAUUUCACUCUCCAGAUGUGGGUCAACCCGGAGGGUGGUCAGCGCUCGCCCACCGUUAUAGCUGGUCUCUUCGACAAAUGCUUCUAUGCUUCCAGCGAUCGAGGAUGGCUGUUGGGGAUUAAAGCCGUGAGUGAACAGGGAAACCGUGACCCACGUUUCUUCUUCUCCCUAAAGACAGAUCGAGCCCACAAAGUUACCUCCAUUCACUCAAAUGCUCGCUACUUACCUGGCCACUGGGCCCACAUAGCUGUGACUUACAAUGGCCUCUAUAUGAAACUUUAUGUCAAUGGUGCUCAGACAGCUUUAAGCAGAGAACAGUCAGGUGAUGUCUUCAGCCCCCUUACUAAAAAGUGUAAGGUGCUGAUGGUCGGAGGAAAUGCCUUAAAUCAUAACUACAGAGGCUCUGUGGAGCGUGUCAGUCUGUGGCGACAGGCUCUCUCUCAGAGACAGAUCAUAAGGGACAUGCAUGGACACGAGGACCUGGUUGACCUGGUGAUCCGUGAGACCUUUGACCAUCCGGCACGCAAAUGGCUGGCGGUGAAGGAUGGCAGUUUCCCGAUACCAGAUGAGGGUCCUCGAGCUGGGCUGGGUUCUUUGGACACCACCUUGGAGCCCCCAGCCUGCGGACAGACUGUGUGUGAUAACACGGAAGUGGUGCGCAACUACAAUCAAUUCUGGAGCUUCCGGCAUCCCAAAACAGUGCGUUACCGCGUCGUGAACGUGUUUGACGACUUUCAGCGCAAACCAACAGUGACAGAUCAGCAGAUCCACCUGCAACAUCAGCAUCUGAACGAAGCUUUUAGCAUGUACAACAUCACCUGGGAGUUGACCGUGCACAAUGUGAGCAAUUCCUCUCUGUUUAACCGUCUAGUACUCGCCAACUGUGACAUAAGCAAGGUGGGCGAUGAGGAUUGUGACCCUGAGUGUAACCACACCCUGACUGGCUUUGAUGCUGGUUACUGCAAGCCUAGGACCCGAUGUCCUGAGCAGAAACAAGGCAAUGGCGUCUGUGACCCAGAGUGCAAUUGCGAGAACUACGGUUAUGAUAAUGGCGAUUGCUGCAACCCCAGCAUCACCGAUGUGACAAAGACAUGCUUCAAUCCAGCUUCGCAUUUAAGGGCCUAUCUGGACAUGAAGGAGUUAAAAGAGAUUCUCAAGCUGGAUGGUUCCACACACCUCAAUAUCUUCUUUGCCAAUUCCUCCGAUGAAGACCUGGCUGGAGUUGCAACCUGGCCAUGGGACAAGGAGGCGCUGACGCAUCUAGGUGGAAUUGUUCUGAAUCCUUCUUUCUAUGGUACAUUUGGCCACACUCAUACCAUGAUCCAUGAGAUCGGUCACAGUUUGGGACUGUACCAUGUGUUCAGGGGGAUCUCUGAGAUUGAGUCCUGUAAUGAUGUGUGUUUAGAGACUGAGCCCUCACUGGAAACUGGAGAUCUGUGUGCUGACACCAACCCGACUCCCAAAUACAAGCACUGCAGGGACCCUGAGCCGGGCAAUGAAACGUGUGGCAAUCACAACUUUGUUCACACACCAUUUAAUAAUUACAUGAGUUACGCAGAUGAUGACUGCACCGAUUCCUUCACGCUCAACCAGGUGGCUCGCAUGCACUGCUAUCUGGACCUAAUCUACCAGACGUGGCAACCCGACUACAGGCCCCCUCUGGUCCCAAUGGCACCCCAAGUGGUAGAACAGGGACAAGACUCCAUUACUCUUGAUUGGUUUCCACCCAUCUCUGGCCACUUUUAUGACAGAGAAGUGGGAUCAGUAUGUGAUAAAUGCACAGAGGGUCGCGUCCUGCUGCAGUAUGCCUCCAAUUCCUCAUCUCCACGACCUUGCUCCCCAUCUGGCCAUUGGAGCCCCAGAGAAGCGGAGGGACCACCAGAUGUGGAGCAAGCCUGUGAACCCAGUGUCCGCACAUGGAGUCCUCAUAAUGGCAUGGAUCUGGGCAUGGUCCCUCCUCCCUGCCCUCUGCAAGGCUGCAUGUUGCAGUUGGAGUUUGCUCAUCCGGUGGUCCCAGACUCGCUCACGGUGUGGGUAACCUUCUCCUCCUCAGAGGAAACAGUUCUGCCUGCCAUCCACAAUAUCAUCUUACUGACAGUAGGUGGCAACAACCUGUCGCUGGGUCCCAGCAAUUUGUUCUGUGAUACACCACUAACCAUCAAGCUAGACGUGCAGGAGGAGGUGUACGGGGUACAGUUUUUUACCAUGGAGCAACAUUUGGAAAUCGAUGCCACUCUGCUAACGUCUAAAUCUGACUGUCCACUCUGUCAUGAAUGCGAGCCUCUGCACUAUCGGCUCCUGCGGCAGCCGGCAUUUGGGCACACAGCACAGGGCAUCGUACUGAGUGACUCAAUGCGAAGAUAUGUGGACAGGGAUGUUGAGUAUGGUGGAGUGUACACUUACCAGGUCCAAACCAUCUCUAGUCGGAGUGAGAGCGAGCCAUCCCCUCCAUUCACACACUGUCUGGGAGCCCCGUACUGUGGAGAUGGACUCAUCCAGAGGUCCCAGGGAGAAGAAUGUGAUGAUAUGAACUCUAUGAAUGGGGAUGGCUGCUCCAGUCAGUGCAAGAAGGAGCCGCUCUUUAACUGUAUUGAUGAGCCCAGCAUGUGUUAUUAUUAUGAUGGUGAUGGCAUGUGUGAAGACUUUGAGCGGGAGACGAGUGUGAAGGAUUGUGGUCUGUACACGCCGAAUGGUUUCCUGGACCAGUGGGCAACCGUGGUGGAAGUUUCCCAUGAAGAGAAGCUCUACUGCCCAGCCGACGUGGCUGCCGGAUACCCUGCUGUUACUAAGACGUGCCAGUCUAAGGUGUUUGACCUGUCUGACGGAGUGUCUCAGUAUGCCUGGUUUCCAUGUCGAGAGGCUCAGGGCGUUUCCUGGUAUCCCCAAUACUGGCUGAAGGCAUAUUUCUCACAUCCUAUGGUUGCUGCAGCUGUCAUCAUCCAUUUAGCUGCAGAUGGAACCAGCUACAUCGACCAAAGCCAGUGCAACAUUACAGUCCAACUGAUCGACACCAAAGAGGGAAUACACAGCUUAGGUGACUGGCGUUUAAGCUGCCGCACCAAUCCUCUGGUCAUCCCGGUCAGUCAUGACCUGAGCAUGGCCUUCUACCACACCAAAGCCAUUCUUCUUAUGUUCCGCUCUGAUCUGGUUGCCAUAUCUGGCAUUGGCCUGCGCUCAUUCCAGUUCUUUGACCCAAUAACCAUCAGCGGCUGCCAGAGCAAUGAGAUCUACAAUCCCAUGGGCCAGAGUUGUGUUCAUUACUCAUGUGAAGCCAUCGAUUGCCAGGAGCCGAUGAUCCGGAACGCAGAGGUGAAAUGCAGCGAUAGCGGUUACUUCAAUGGAGCACACUGCACUGUCACAUGCAACAGCGGCUAUGUCCUGCAAAUGCACCGGGACGAUGAAAUCAUCAAGAGCCAGACGGACUCCAGGGUGACCAUAACAUGUGCUGAUAGGAAAUGGAACAAGCAAGUAUCAUGUGAGCCAGUCGACUGUGGGCUGCCAGACAAGUACCAUGUGCACCCUGCCCACUUUGACUUCCCAGAAGGCACCACCUACGGCAAGAAGAGCACGUUCCAUUGCAAGGAGCCCGCUCAGCUUCAAGGCACUAACAACACACUGACCUGUAUGGAAGACGGUCUGUGGUCGUUCCCAGAGGCUUUGUGUGAGUUGCGCUGUCCAGCUCCACCUCCAGUGGCCAACGCUGUGCUGCAGACCAAACGCUGUAAUGAGACAGGUCUUAAAGUGGGCAGCCUCUGCAAAUACAAAUGCAAACCUGGAUACCAUGUGGCCAACAAGCCAAAGAGGCGAGCGUUUAAGCGUCAGUGCACAGAAGAUGGCCGCUGGUUGGAGGGCUCGUGUGAGCCGGUGACUUGUCCUCCUCCCCCGUCUGUCUUCCAUGGCAUGUACCAGUGCACAGACAAGUUUAAGUUUGACAGCACCUGCUGGAUCCACUGCAGUGGGGCCAACCACAUGCUCGGACAAUCUCCUCCAUGUAAACAGGGGGUCAGCAACAAUGCCAUCCGUUGCAGAAAGGAUGGGAACUGGACUGGAAGUUUCCACUUAUGCCCGCAGCUGAAGGGUCAAUGCUCUCUCCCUCAGAACCUGCAUCCCAGCAUCCGGAUCAGCUGCAAAAAGGGACACGGCAUAGGAGAGGAGUGCGAGUUGUCAUGCAGGGACAGUAACAAUGAUGUUGUCAUUCUGCCAAGUAACAUGACGGCCAGCAGCAUUUUCAGACACCACUGGAUGAACCCUCCCAAAGUUAAGCACAUAGUCUGCACCAUGGGUCUGAAGUGGUACCCCCAUCCAGAAAUCCUUCACUGCAUCAAGGGAUGUGAGCCUUUCAGGGGUGACAAUUACUGUGAUGCCAUCAACAACCGAGCCUACUGCAACUACGAUGGAGGUGACUGCUGCUAUUCCACUGUCAAGACUAAGAAGGUGAUCCCAUUCCCAAUGUCUUGCGAUAUCCGGAGAGAAUGCGCCUGCCGGGACCCCAAGGCCUUGGAGAAACAAAAGGGCGAGCACCUGCACUCGCUGGGCUGAAACACUCCACCGAGCCUGCGCACGGACUGGGAUAUUCUUCCCAUAUAUGCUGCUGCUUCACAGGUGUACCUCUCCACUCAUAGCUGUUCACCCUUUCAAAAUCCAGUCUACCUGCUGUGUCCUAUGUUUGGAAAUGGAUCUUAAUCCCAUGACCCCAGAAAGGACCAAAGCGGGUUUAAAUAUUUUUGCCAUCUGUAGAAGAACCAACGUCUCAUAUUGACCUCCAUAACAUAAAAGAAAAGCACGCACACAGACAUCUUGAUUGAACCACUCUUUUUUUUUUUUUUUUUUUUUGCAUUAAGACCAAAGGCAGAAAAAUUCAAACAAAUAUAAUCUCAAUAGAAGGCAAACAUAUGUGACCUUAAUUUGUCAGGAACGGUAAUGGCGUAUCUUCCCUCUCUCUUCUCCUGUUGGGAGUAUGCCCUUUAACCUUGGGGAAGCGGACAUGGUUCCGAAACACAGGUAAAGGACUGUACAGCUGGGUGGAUACUAAUCACAUGAUCACAGGUUGUUUAAAAGGACAGUUUUAGACUAAUCACUGAUUCUCUGGAUGUACCUGGAUCAAAGCCACCAGAAAGGGGAUGGCCAAACCACAGGUCCCAUCGCAGGCUAUUUACUUUCUGUGAAAUAAAUGUGAUUUGUGGUUAAUUUUAAUCAAUAGUUGCUUGAGAGAGAGCACAGACAGAUCAGUGCAUAAAUGCGACGAGAAUGAAAUUGGUUUGGUUAGCAUGGCUGCUGUUGUUGCUGCUACGAUUGCUGCUAAUUAGUCAAACAACAGACAACAGUAAUCUGCAGGCCGUGAUGUAGUGUGUCAAAUAGUCAGUCUGCCUUAACACUUACCUCUGAUCAAUAUCUAUAUGUCAAUUAACUCUAAGACCUCCCAAUCACAGCACUGGGCCAGUGCAGAAUUGUAACAUGUCUGGUCGGAACGUAUUAUUAAUAUCUAGCGUUCAAGAAUAUAUCAUUGUGCUUAAGAUUGGAUGUUAAGUAUACACAUUCUCCUUAACGUAGAAACCAUCAUCAUGGACAUUAUAUUUAAUUUAAAUAGUUAGUUCAGCCACAAAUUAAAAUUUUCAUCAUUUAUUCACCCUCUGUAUGCUGUUAUUUAGCUAUUACUAUGAAAAAUAUGAUUAUAAGUUGUGGAAAAUUAAAGGAAAAGUGUGUAGAAUCUUCACACAGCUUUUUCCACACCAUGACUUUUCAUAGUGACCACGACUGCCAAGCUCCAAAAAAAAAAAAAUAAAUAAACAAAUAAACAAAUAAAAAACAAGUAUUAUAAGAACAGUCCACUUGACUAUUUAAUGUAAUCGGGAAGAUUUUCAGCAAAUAACGACCUAGAUUCUGAUCUGUUCCUCACACAAAUCUGUUGUAUGGCCUCAGAAGACUUGUUUUUGUAUGGAAAAAAGGAGCAUGAUGAUUCUUCAAAAUGUCUUAGUUUCUGUUCCAAAAAUAACAGCAUGUUCUGGAACAAUAUGAGGAAAUAAUAACAGAUUUUUCACUUUUGGUGAACUAUUACUUUUUAAAUCAGAUUUCCAGCACUAAUUAGUUAAAAUCAAGACAAAUUAAGAGAAUGAUUUAAUUCACACUGAUUACAUGAUAGAAUGUAAUCUAUGAUGUAGAUAAACAGAGAUUUGUGGAUGGGUUGGGUUCUUUCACACUGGGUUAAGUUGGGACAGUGUAUCUCAAAAAUUGUAAACUAACAUCAAAUACAGUAUAAGAAUCUCAGAGAAUUGUUUGCCAGUCAAACACACUUUUUUCUAAAGAGUAUAUAACCGUAUAUGUGCCAACUUAACCACAAUUAAGUGUUGCUGGCCUCUUUGAAACUGAACUUAAAAUGUUAUGGGCACACUUUCUUGUGCCUCGAAUGAGCUGCCAAUAUACUUUUCUCUGAUAAUCUCACUUUUAAAAAUCGAUAUAAAAACGUACUUUAGCAACCAAAACUGUGUAUAAUAUUUGGCUACCAACUGUGAACAUUUCAAACAAGCAUCCCCCAUCAUGUCCUUAGUCACUAUGUCUAUGGAACUGUGCAUUUGUCUAUACUGAUGUUCCCUUGUGUGGGCAGUACUCAAUUAAAAUGCCACAAGGUGUUCGAUCAAUAUCACUUCUCCAGUGAGCAAAGCUUUAAGACUUGUGGAAAAGAAGAUGUGCAAUGCUGUCAAUCUAUGUUCACGCUAAAUAAUAUUGUGGUAAUCCUUUGAGAGUGUAAUGCCACGUGCAAAACCUCACGCUUGUACAGAACAACUGCAUCACUAAACACCAAACUUUCUGAUAGGCUUCAUCUUUGUAUUAUUAGUGUGAUUGGGCCAAGGCUGGAGAAAAGGUUUAACAUAUUGCUCCUAGUACAUUGGACCCAGAAAACACUUUUCAUGGCAUGGAAAACAUGCCAAGGCAUUAAGGUUUGUUUUGCCUGAGGUUUUAAUAAUCAAUUGUAGAUGUAUGAUAAUUAAAAUAUAGCUUUGCCAUUUAUGAUUAAGAAAAAAAAAAGACCUGGAAGAAAGUCAGACAACCAUAUCAUUAUAUGCAUAAAGACUUCCUAAUGAGAGGACAAAGUCGAUAGUUACUUUUUAUUGUGCUUGUAGUGUCAAAGGUGCAUUUUAUGUCAUGUAUAUUUAAAAAAAAAAAAAAAAAAACAACAUCUUAUGUACCAGUAGUCAGUAUUUGUGUUAAUGACCUCAGUUGCUGCACUUUCGGGUAGCCCAUUAAAAGAAAGUCAAAAUUUCUAAAAUUGCUGCUAUUGUACACCAGGUAAAUUUAGGAGGGGAAAAUUUUGGAUUUUGUUUUUCUUCAUGAUAUUAUUAUACACCUCUGUGAUUAUUGAUCAUUACUGUGGUUCCACUUGCUUUGUGAAACUUUCAAAUGUGACAUGUGGAAUCAUUGUAGAUUUUAUUGGAUUUGAACAAAACUUUGGGAUCAUGGAAAACUGGCUUUAAUAUUUCUAUAAUUUAAUGUGUGAAAAGACUUCAGAUCUUUGUAUAUAUCUAUUUUGUGUAAGCAUUUUUUUUUUAUUUUUUUUUUAUCUUUUCUGAUACAAAUGUAUUUUUUUUAGUAUUAUUAUUAUUUGUUUCUUUGUUUUUAUCAGCCAUCUCAUGUAUUUGAGUUGGGUUGAAGGAUCUUCUAUUAUGAAGGAACAACAGCAUCCAAAGAAGAAUAAAAUAUGUAGGAAAUACUUCAUAGACAAAAAUAAAAAUGCUGUAUGAAAUCAAAUACUAUACAAUGCACGAGAGUACGAGAAUUAUAAUUAUACUGUAUAAAUAUUUUGGUCAUUAUAUUCCUGGGAGAACCAAUGUAUUAUGAUUCUAUUACAUGAAAUGAUGUAACUGUUAUCAAGAUACCAAUAGUUGAAGAUCAGUGACAGAGACUGAUCAGCAAACACCAAUUUGAUUGACAGGGCUUGUGAUUGAAAGGCCUGUUAGCCAAUGCUUCCUCUUUUCUUGUUUAUGUUCCGUCCACCGAGGCUAACUGCAGAAACGCACUGGCCAACUGCCUGAUCUAACCUCCUGUUUCCCAGUUUUCCUUUCUUUGUUACUUGUCACUAUGUACAGAUCCACUAUCCAAAAUAGCUUAGUAGUAGAAUUACACCAAAUAUUUAAUCCCUAUUUUAAUGGUACACAAUUCUACUCUAGACCUGUACCCUUUAGUUGUGGGAUUAAAGGCAUUUCCUGAUUUGUUAAAUGAAGUUUUCAAUGGAUGUUUGACACUCUACUGUAAGCACCAUAGGAUUUCUUGCUGUACCUCAUGCCUGUAAUGUUUGCUGCUUCCAUAUUUUGGUAUUUUAGUGAUUUGUGUCUAUUUGCAACAUAUAAUGGUGUAAAUAGUAGAACUAUUUAUUAAGAGCAUUAUACUUUUUUAAGUUAUAUUAUCAUUCAUGAAAGUUAUUUGUACAAUGGUUUAUAAACAUAAAAAUUAUUCUUUAGUUGUAGGGUCUCUUGCAUUAUUAUUAUUAUUAUUAUUAUUUUUUUUUUUUUAUUUAUUUUUUUUUUUCUGAUUCAGUGCUCCAGUUGCAGAAAAAAAAAAAAAAAAAUGUAAUAGUAGAAGUAAUAAUAUAAAAUCUGGUUGUUGUAAGAAAAAGAAGAAAACAAAUAUAAAAAUAACAAAUAUAAAAAAAUAUUAAUUUGGAAAGUGCUUUUAAUCAGCCUUUUAUUUAUUAACUUUCGAAUUAACACUCACAUUUUUUCAGUCACUUGAGCAGUAAACUGCACAUUAAUAUAGAAUGUUGUUCAGUCACACCUGGAAAUGCCGCCAUAUUUGCAGUUGGGACACAAUUGUAACUACAAUGUUAUAAUAAUGUAGUAUGCAUGUAACUACUUGUUAAUAAAGUACAUGUAUUCUAUGGCACAAGAGGAUAAUUGUAUCAUAAAUUGCAGUAAAAAAAAAAAAAAAAAAUCAUAAACUUCUUGCCAGUUUGUACCAACAAUUCCAAAUGCCUCUUAAAAUCCAGAAAAGCCAGGGCUGUUUGUCCAGGUGUCAGGAGUCUUAGUUUCUUCAGUCACAAGUAAUCACUUAGGGAGUUUCUGGUCUUCAAAGUUGACCUAUAUAUCUUUGAACAGUUUAGAUGCCAUUUAAAUCGCAAUCGAAAUAUGAAUUCUCAAGCAGCUAUCAAUUAUGAACAUGUAAAUUGUGAUAACAUGUAAACAGUUAAUUAACUGUGCAAAACCUUGCACCAUGGCAUCAGCAUUAUAACAUUAGCAUCAAGCUUUGAUCUUCAAGUGUCCUUUAAUUUCCAUUACAGUUCCUUCUCUUAAAACAGAUAGAUGUGUUUGUGCCUGUUAAAACCAAUGUUUGAUGUUGCUAAUCACGUCUACUCCAUGGUUAUACUCUUUUUAACUAAUAACAUUGAAAUAUAUAUGACCGAAAUCCAAUAUAUCUCGAUAUUAUGACCUUUGGUUGAUUAAUAUAGUGUUUUUUUUUUGUUUUUUUGUGUACUGUACUAAAAGGCAACGGGAAACAGGAAGCCAACCGUAUAAUCUUUUCCAGUAGGGAUUCACAAUCCAGUGAUGUCACCAGUGUGAAUAUAAUUCCUUUUCAACAGAAAAUGCAGUUUUGAAUUCAUCUGCUGUUUCUCAAAGGGGUACUGGUCUUCUAACACUGAAUCAGUGUCCAUACGCACUGGCUUCUUCUGAUAGCUCCACUUUACUCAUGCCAUAAACAAGAUGCACUUUUGGGCACAUACCACACUUCAUUGUGUUAUACAGUAUAUGUUCCAUGCUUUUGUUGUUUUCACAGUCAUGUUUAUACUUUGGUGCUCUAAAUUAUUGCAAACUUAACUGAUGUAUCAUGAUUUGAACGAUCGAAGUGUUGAAUGAGUAACUUUAUUUCUCUGUCAUGUAUUGUGCAUAAAUAAAACACUGGUAACUUCAA